AUGGAGCUGAACGUCCUCUCUUGGGACGACGGUAAAAUCCGUGCCUUCACGCCAGAGACGGGCCAGCCAAUGUAUGUGAUUCACUCUGCCCAUAGCCUGGGAGUGACGGCGAUCGCUGCUACAAGUGACUGUAAACGCAUCGUUAGCGGAGGAGGGGAUGGGCAGGUGAGGAUCUGGGAGAUCAGAGAGAAGACUCAGAAACUGAUCCAAAUUCUGAAGGAGCACACGUGUGCUGUGUCCUGCAUCAAGAUUAAGGAGAACGACCAAGAGUGUGUCACAACCAGCCUUGACAAAACGUGCAUCGUCUGGGAUAUUGUGCGUUUUGUAAGAAAGCAAAUAUUUCUUGCCAACACGUUGUUCAAAUGUGUGUGUUACCACCCUGAAGUGUACCAGAUAAUCACCGCUGGAACAGACAGAAAGGUUGCCUACUGGGAAGUGUUUGAUGGCUCUCUCGUCCAAGAAGUGGAAGGGUCUGCGUCUGGUACCAUCAAUGGGAUGGACAUCACAUCAGAUGGGAAGCACUUUGUCACAGGUGGCGAUGACCGUCUGGUGAAGCUGUGGGACUACGAGGGCACGGUGACUCACAUUGGAGUGGGCCACAGUGGCAACAUCACCCGUCUUAAGAUCUGCCCCAACAAGAAGUACAUCGUGAGUGUGAGUGCAGACGGUGCCAUCCUGAUCUGGAAAUACCCAGAAUUGCACUAAGAGCUGGCACAGGAGCUGCUGCUUCCUCGGCUGCCCCCACCAUCCUUCAUCACUUCUGCAAAUCAUCUUGGCUGUUGUUAUAACACUUGCCUGUUGUUGUUGCCACCUUCCCUGGCAGUCUCUCUUGCUUUCACGUGGGCUCUCUCUUCCCCACCCC